AAGACCUAAUGGAACACCUUCCUGGUUCUGGGGGAGCUGGAUACCAGGACACUGGGUCCUGAGCGUAGCGUCCACCCGGGGGGCGUCCUCGGGCCGAGGCUGUGGCUCCCACGCCCCGGUCUUCGGAGAGGAAGUUGUGGUUGCGGAGAUUUGGCGGCCCGGACACGUGGCGCCACCUGCGAGGGGCUGGGGGUGGUCCUUGGGCAGAGCACGGGCUGGGGUCCCUGCCCUCCGCCCUCCUCCCUCCUCAGCCCAGCCUGGAAAAUAGGCGCAUCGCAGAUGCGGGGAAGCAGACUCCUGGGAUGGGCUGGGGGAUGGAUCCCCGGGGCAGAGGGCUCUGCGGGCUGGAGGGGGCGCGCCCGGGCCCGGCGAGGCGCGCGCCCCCCGCCCGCCUUGGGCAUGCUUGGCACGCAGCGCGCGGGCCGGUCGGAUCCGUAUGCGCGCCGCGUGCGCCUAUUGGUAUGCGGGAGCCGGCCCGGCGCGGGCGUGAGGCGGGCGCGCUGGCGGGCGGCGCGGGGGAGGCGGCGGCGGGGCACGUCCGCGCCCUGAGCUUCGCCCGAGACCCGGCCAGGGUGACAGCUGCAGGCUCUGUGCCGGAGCCUCCAGGGAGGGGAAACUGAGGCACGCUCCAGCGCCAGCUCCGUGCUGGUACCCUGAGCUCCGCACGGGCCUCAGUUUCCCCGCGGAUCUCCCGGGGGCCCCCUCUGGCUCCCUCCCACCGCAGGAGGCGCGGAUCUCGAGACCCGCAGGCUGCUCCGGGCCCGCCUGAGCGGCCCCCGUGGAGAUGGCGGCCCCCUAUCCCGGCGGUGGCGGCGGAGGCGAGGCCAGACGCGGGGGAGGCCGAGGCGGCAGCAUCGCGUGGGACUUUCUGCCCGGGCUCGUGGUCAAGGCCCCGCCCGGACCCUGCCUGCAGGCGCAGCGCAAGGAGAAGUCCCGGAACGCGGCGCGCUCGCGGCGCGGAAAGGAGAACCUGGAGUUCUUCGAGCUGGCCAAGCUGCUCCCGCUGCCCGGAGCCAUCUCGAGCCAGCUGGACAAGGCGUCCAUCGUGCGCCUCAGCGUCACCUACCUCCGCCUGCGCCGCUUCGCCGCGCUGGGGGCGCCGCCCUGGGGGCUGCGGGCCGCGGGGCCGCCGGCCGGCCUGGCCCCAGGCCGCAGGGGCCCCGUGGCACUGGUCUCCGAAGUCUUCGAACGGCACCUGGGAGGACACAUUUUGCAGUCCCUGGACGGCUUCGUGUUUGCCUUGAACCAGGAAGGGAAGUUCCUCUACAUCUCAGAGACGGUCUCCAUUUAUCUGGGCCUCUCACAGGUGGAGCUGACGGGCAGCAGCGUCUUUGACUACAUCCAUCCGGGGGACCACUCCGAGGUGCUGGAGCAACUGGGGCUGCGGGCCCCCACCCCCGGGCCCCCCACCCCACCUUCCGUCCCGUCCUCUUCCUCCUCCUCCUCCUCCUCGCUUGCGGAUACCCCCGAGAUCGAGACCAGCCCCGCCGAGGCGCCCGCCUCCUCCUGGGUGCAGGAGCGCUCGUUCUUCAUCCGCAUGAAAUCCACCCUCACCAAGAGGGGGCUGCACGUGAAGGCCUCAGGGUACAAGGUCAUCCACGUGACCGGCCGCCUGCGGGCCCGCGCCCUGGGCCUCGUGGCCCUCGGCCACACGUUGCCCCCGGCGCCGCUGGCUGAGCUGCCGCUCCACGGACACAUGAUCGUCUUCCGGCUCAGCCUGGGUCUCACCAUCCUUGCUUGUGAGAGCAGAGUCAGCGACCACAUGGACCUGGGGCCCUCGGAGCUGGUGGGCCGCAGCUGCUACCAGUUUGUCCACGGACAGGAUGCAGCCAGGAUCCGCCAAAGCCACCUGGACCUGCUGGACAAGGGUCAGGUGAUGACCGGUUACUACCGCUGGCUGCAGCGCGCCGGGGGCUUCGUGUGGCUGCAGUCCGUGGCCACCGUGGCCGUGAGCGGGAAGAGCCCUGGGGAGCGCCACGUGCUCUGGGUCAGCUAUGUGCUCAGCCGAGCCGAGGGCAGCCAGACACCUCUGGACGCCUUCCAGCUUGCAGCCAGUGUGGCCCAUGAGGAAGUGCCCAGCCCGGAGCCAGAGCCCACAGAGCCAGAGCCUCCAGCGGAAGGGAAGCAGGCUGCACCCUCGGCCAAGGAUGAGGAGGCCCCCCAGACCCGGGGCAAAGGCAUCAAAGUGGAGCCCGGGCCCGGGGACACUAAAGACCCGGAGGACAGUGGGGACGAGGAACCGUCCAGCCAGCCAGCCCCGCUGCGGCCUGAGUUCACCUCCGUCAUCCGGGCGGGGGCCCUGAAGCAGGACCUGGCGCGGCCGUGGGGCCUGGCGCCCCCUGGGGGCCCGCCCCCUGCCCUGCUGCACGCCGGCUUCCUGCCGCCCGGCGUCCGGGGCCUGUGCACGCCGGGCACCAUCCGCUACGGCCCCGCGGAGCUGGGCUUCGUGUACCCACACCUGCAGAGGCUGGGCCCCGGCCCCGCCUUCCCCGAGGCCUUCUACCCCACGCUGGGCCUGCCCUACGCGGGGCCCCCGGGCACCAGGGUGCCGCGGAAGGGGGACUGAGGACUGGGAGAGGCGCCUGCAGACUGGACUCUGGGGAUGCGUGGGGCCCAAGGGGCCAGGGCUCUCAGCCCCAUCGGCCCUGCCUGAGAAUGAAACACCUGCCCCGCCCUGUGGCUCCGUCUCUGGGCGCCGUGGAGCUCCUCUCUCCUUCCUUCUCCUUCUUGGUGACUCCACCUGCCUCUGUCGCCUCCCAGGCCACCUGUCCCUUCCCUCCCCCCGCGCUCCAUGCCCCUCCAGGCCCAGCCUUCCCCGGGUAGCAGGAACCACACGGGGAAUCGGGAGCGAGGGAAGGGUCAGGUUUUAAUG